GUUGAGCUGUGUGCCGAGUUCUCUGAGCUGGGCAUGGGUCUGUUCAUUUUCACUUCCGGGGGGUAGUUAGUUGCUGCAAGGCAGCGCUGUACAGCAGCGGCAGCUGAGAAGAGAAGAGAAAAGAGAAGGGAAGGGAGGCACAGCUGGAGCAGACUGGAGGAGAGGAGAGGACUGGAUAGCCCAGCCCAGCCCAGCCCAGGCCAGCCAGGCUGCCUGCCGAACCGAACAGAACAACGCUGUCUGCAGGAGAAUGGACCGCGACUGAUUGGGCAAAGGCUGUCCUUGACCCAGGUGCGACCCGGUUGCAGCAGCAAUAGGACCAGGCGGUGCGGUGCGGUCCGGUCCGGUGGGUGUUUUCGGCGGUCGGGUCGCGGUUCGCUUCAGCUUCAGCUCCGGAGGCGGACUGGCGGCCAUGAUGGAUGACGGGGGCGGCUACGUGGAGCUGGACGUUCCGGAAUUCAGCAGCAGCGUUCUGAGCCAGCUGAACGAACUGCGACUACAGGGCAAGCUGUGUGACAUCAUCGUCCACAUCCAGGGUCAGCCGUUUCGUGCCCACAAGGCGGUGUUGGCGGCCAGCUCCCCGUACUUCCGUGACCACUCAGCGCUGGGCACCAUGAGCGGCCUCUCCAUCUCCGUCAUUAAGAACCCCGAGGUGUUCGAACAGCUGCUGGCCUUCUGCUACACCGGACGCAUGGCGCUACGGCUACGAGACGUCAUCAGCUUCCUCACCGCAGCCUCCUUCCUCCAGAUGCAGGCCGUCAUAGACAAGUGUACCCAGAUCCUGGAGGGGCUCCAUGCCAAGAUCCACCUGCCGCCAGGUGUGCUGCCGAUCCCCAUCCCCCCCGAGGCCAUGCACCUGCACCCCCACCACCUCCACCUCCACCACCCGGGCUCAGACGAGGACACGCCCCCUCCGCCGGGGGAGGGAGGAGCCUCCUCCUCCUCUGCUAAACAAGAUAGGGGUCGUAACGGUGUGAAGGACGGGGGCCUGUUCCUCAACCCCACCCAGAUCUCCCCGCCAUAUUACUCCCGCACCCGCGCCGCACAGAGGCACGCACACCAGCAGGUUCAGGUCCAUGAGGAGGCCCAGUCUGAUCGCUGCAGUAGUGACGGCGCGGCGUCUGAGCAGGACGCGCUGAUGGAGGGCGACGUGGAGGCGGUGGAGCUGAUUGGUCGAGAUGGUCAGGUGACCGACAUCCACGUCAAGCUGGAGAAGACGGACCGCGAUCACCGCGAUCACCGCGACCGAGACCGCGAGCGGGAACGCCCCAGCCAAUCGGAUUCCUCGUCCACUACGGGUGACGACGGCUACCACACGGAGCUUGUGGACGGGGAGCAGGUGCUGGCGGUCAGCGUGGGCUCUUACGGGCCCGUCAUCGCCGCGGCAACGGCCCCCGGGCCUCCGGGCGGGGGCGUCGGCUACUCCUCCUACGCCACGGCCGCCAUCGCAGCCCCGCCCCCUCCCUGCUUCCUCAGCCUGGGCUCCUCCCCCUCGCCCUCGCGCUCCCUGCUGGGUGGCUUCCGGGGGGGUAGGGGGCGCUCUAAGCGAGCGCUACAGGCGCUACCCGCUGACUUGCUGGGGCAGCUGAAGGCCGGGAUGGGGGGAGGAGAGGAGGGGGACGGGGGGGCCACAGAGUCGGGCGAGAGGGAAGGGCGUGAUUCCGGCGGUGGCCUGCGGGCGCAGCAGUGGUAUCCGUUUAACGAGCGGCUGGUGUGCAUCUACUGUGGCAAGUCCUUUAACCAGAAGGGCAGCCUGGACCGCCACAUGAGACUCCAUAUGGGCAUCACGCCAUUCGUAUGCAAGUACUGCGGUAAGAAGUACACGCGUAAGGACCAGCUGGAGUACCACAUCCGCGGACACACCGACAACAAGCCCUUUCACUGCCAGCUGUGCGGAAAAUGCUUCCCCUUCCAGGGCACACUCAACCAGCACCUGCGCAAGAAGCACAUGGGCGCCCCUCUGACCCCCGGAGACCCCGCCCACCACUCCCUCAAUCACCACGGCGACCACGAGCCUCUGGACGACGAGCCCCUGGAUGGCGGCGUGGGAGACCCCGAUGACGCGGGGGAGGAGGAGGCCGGGGCACCGGCGUUUGGGGAGGGCUACGGAGAGGAGCCGCCGGGGGAACGGAACGCAGAGGACGCCAACGCAGCCCCACGCAGCCCUGAGUAGCCAUGGCAACCAGACCGGAUGGAAGGAUGGCUAGAAAGACGGAGGAGAUGGAGGAGGAGGAGGGGGGAUGAAUGACAAGGCCACCCCCCCUCCUCUUAGGAAGCUUUAAGAGUCGGGCGUUUCCUUUUUUUUAUUUCUGUUUUCGUUUUUUUUUUUUCGUUUUUUUUUGUUACAAAAAUCAAGCUCUGGGCAGAACGUGAACGUGAACAAGCCUCCCCUUGAGCGUUUUUUUAAUCAUGUCUGUCCACCUGUUUGUCAAUCUGAUUUUUUUUUUUUAAUAUCCCAACAGUAGAUUUUGUGUCGAAAGGGAUUUCAUACGUCUUUAUGCGUCUCGCCUCAGCGGCAGAGUAGUGGGCCGGUAAUCACGCCCUCUCCUGCGCUUAUCCUGAACUUUUUUUUAAUAUAUAUAUAGAUAUAUAUAUGUAUAUAUACUAUAUACACAGAAAUCUCUCCAUAUAUAUAUCUAUCUAUAUAAAUAUCUAUAUUUCCAUUAAAGAGCAUAUUAACAGAGUAAUAUAGGCAUGUUGCAAUAAGGAAUAAUGUGAAUGCUCAAUAAGACGAGACGUUCGUCACGUCACGUGUCCAUUUGACUGGGGGACGAACUGAAGAAGGGCACACCUUCUCCAUCAACGUUUUUUUUAUUUUUAAUUUUAUUUCAUUUUUUUAUUUUUGUUUUUAUUUUGUUUUAGUUUUUUUUGUUUUUUCCAUCAGUGCGAAGCUCGGAGAGACUCAUCCACUCGAUACCUCAUUUCCGUACAGUACAGUACAGUACAGUACAGUACAGUACCACACAACUCAACUCAACUCAACUCAGCUCAUAUCAGACUUCAGUAUUCAGUAUUCCUCAACGCUACUCAGAACUCACUACCUCAUCAGUAACAGAAACUCACUGAACAUAGAACCAGAACACAGAACCAGGACUUAACGGGAGCCUACGCCUCCAGCCGGCUAGCCUAAGCUAAGCUAAGCUAGGCUAUAGGCAAGACUAAGCGAUCCUAGGCUAGGCUACAGGCUAAGCUAUAAGCUAGGCUAGGCUAUAGGCUGGGCUCCUAAAUCACACGCAUAUCCACAUGCGCCACAUUCAACAGGGAUGGAAAGAUAUUAAGAUAUCCACAGCUUGGGAUGUAAAUAUAUCUUACAUUUGGUUUUAGCCAGGGCAGGAUAUAAAGAGCUAGAAUUAUCUCCGGCUCGGUUUAGCUACGCAACGUUAGAGUCUGUCUAGUUUCACUUUGCCAAACGGCGGGAGGGGGUUGCCUCAACAGCCCGUCCUCCCUAUGAAGCCUUUGUGUGCAAUUCAAUCUCCGUGCUCUCGUCCUUUCCUCUGGCCUCUGUAACUUAGAUUCAGUGGAGAAAACAACAGUCCACUAUUAUCCAGGGCAGUGCAGUGGCACGUCUCCCAUUCGACAUCCCGAUUGCCAAUGAGAGGGCCUUUUGAAUUAUGCUUUUGAAAGAUCUUGAAUUAAAACUCUGAUCAUCGAGCCAUCGUGUCGUGUCACAAGGCCGGAUGCCACAGGAAAGGUCAUGAGGACAGAGUUUGACUUGCACCUCGUAAGUGUUAUUCAGUGAAGUAGCCGCAUGGUCACGCUCUGCCGGCCAGGUGGCAGUGCUGCCCUCCUGUGGCCACAGGUGACAGGUGCCAUGUCCAACAGGAAUAAGAAAUAGGCGGGAACAGAGCCAUGGAAGGAAGAGUUAAAGGGCAACUCCUGCCAAUUUCAAUGUGCUGUUGUAUUGCUCACGCUACCCUUGACUUGUCAGUACCCGGUGACGCUGCAGUUUUUUGCCCAGCCCUUUCUGAGAUAUGAGCUAUUCUAAUGGGGGCAACUUUUCAUA